AUGCCUCAAGUCGUUCCGCAGAGGAACGCAGCUGAAGAUAUAGAGAAUCCCCUGCAUCUCAGCACUAACGAAAAUCCAAACAACAUAUUGGUGAGUCCUCCUCUCACAGGAAGUUCCAAUUAUGGCUCGUGGAGCAUUUCAAUGCAGGUUACGUUGGAAGUGAAAAACAAAUGGUCUCUUGUCGAUGGAAGCAUCGAGAAACCGGAUAGAAGCCAGGGACACUACGCGUCUUGGAGAAGAUGCAAUCUCAUGAUCAAGUCAUGGAUUCUCAAGGCGGUGCAUCCGUCGAUUGCUCAAAGCAUAAUAUAUAUGGAUGACGCAGAGGAAGUCUGCAACGAUUUGAAGAGGAGAUUCUCGCAGCGCGAUCCUCAUCGCAUAUCGACUUUGCAGUGCGAAAUCUAUGGAUUGAGACAAGGAAACUUGUCGAUCAAUGACUAUUACACAAAGUGCAGAUCUCUUUGGGAGGAGAUGAACGAGAUGAGACCUCUCCCAAUCUGCAAAUGCAAUCCUCAUUGCUCAUGCUCAGGUGCUCUAAUCAAUGAAGUUCGAAAGGAUCGUGAAAUAGAUCAAAUAACCCGUUUCUUGCAUAAACGAUGA